CACAUGUUGAAUUGUUUUAAGUUUAUCUAUUUAAAAGUUAUUUUACUGACGCAGUCUUAUUUUCAAAAAAUGAUGGCAAUUGUUUUAAUUUAUUUAGGAUUGCUACAUGCUAUAUUACAACUGUGCUUUGUUGAGUCAAAAACUUGCGAACAGGAAGAGUUCAAAUGUGGAAAUUUAAAAUGUGUUCAAAUGGCGUUUUACUGUGACACAGAUGAUGAUUGUGGCGAUAUGAGUGACGAGCCCCAAGGAUGUGUAAAAAGGCGCUGUGGCCGCUCCAUGAUCCGAUGUUUUGACGGAUCAUGCUUGACACAGGGGCAGCUGUGUAGAGGUUUUACGUGCUUGAAAUACGUAACUGACAUCUCUGCGGUCACGUGUUUAUGGAUCACGUGUGCUGAUCACCAGUUCCAAUGUUUAAACGGUAUCUGUAUUGACAAGAGUCACGUAUGUAAUGGGAUACGGGACUGUUUGGAUGGAACAGACGAGGGCACGGGUUGCAAUGAGCCAACCAGCAAUGUUUCGACAGUAACAACUGUUUCGGCAACAGAAACAGUAACAACUGUUUCGACAACAGAAACAGUAACAACUGUUUCGGCAACAAUACAAACCAGCAACGAGGGCUCGAAUGUUUAUCUACUUGCUAUUCUGCCAGGCGUCGGUUGGAGUCUUGGGUUAUGUCUAUUUGUUUUCGUUGGACUAUUGUGUUACAAACGGAAAGGUAGACUCUGUUUUUCGCAUCGACAACAAGAGGCCAAAACAGAAAGGUAGGAAACAAAUUCAUUGAUAAAGGCCGACUUUGGUAAUUUGUUCUUCCAUUUGCG